GCCCACAUUCCUGCGUGAAGAGCGGCGGCGCCCCGAGGGGGCCGUCAGAUCGUGAGAGACGUCGGAGCCCCACGGACGCAAUAUUUUCUUUCCCUUUGAUACCGCUGGGGUUUUUUACGUGAUUUUUUUCUACCUUUGUUUAUUUAGGGUUUGUUUUCGCUGACGUUUUAUAGUUAAGGGCUUUUUUUCCCUUGCAAGAAGCAGCAGCAGAGAGAGGAGCAUCUCCUUAUUUCGAGGCUUCGGGAGAAAAAACUCGCUUUCAAGCUCUUGCGCAGAAGGCGCGGCGAGUCCCGCCGGCAAGGACAAAAGAGCGGCCCCGCCAGCAUGAGCAGCGCCGAGAUGGGCAAGUUCAACAUCUCCCCCGACGAGGACAGCUCCAGCUACAGCUCCAACAGCAACGACUUCAGCUACCCGUACCCCACCAAGCCGGCCGCCAUGAAGAGCCACUAUGCAGAUAUUGAUCCAGAAAAUCAAAAUUUCUUGCUCGACUCCAAUCUUGGAAAGAAGAAAUAUGAAACUCAGUAUCAUCCGGGUACUACUUCCUUUGGAAUGUCAGUAUUUAAUCUGAGCAAUGCUAUUGUGGGUAGUGGCAUCCUUGGUCUUUCUUUUGCCAUGGCUAACACUGGAAUUGCUCUUUUUGUGAUACUCCUGCUGUUUGUCUCAAUAUUUUCUUUGUAUUCAGUGCAUCUUCUUUUGAAGACUGCCAAUGAAGGAGGAUCUUUAUUGUAUGAACAGUUGGGAAUGAAGGCUUUUGGUAUGGCUGGAAAACUUGCUGCUUCUGGAUCAAUUACAAUGCAGAACAUUGGAGCUAUGUCAAGCUACCUCUUCAUAGUGAAAUAUGAGUUACCAUUGGUCAUCAAGACAUUUAUGAACAUCGAAGAGACUACAGGAGAAUGGUAUCUCAAUGGUGACUAUUUAGUGCUGCUGGUGUCUGUCAUCCUCAUUCUUCCCCUGUCCUUACUGAAAAAUUUAGGGUAUUUGGGCUAUACCAGUGGCUUUUCCUUACUUUGCAUGGUCUUCUUUCUGAUUGUUGUAAUUUGGAAGAUGUUUCAGAUUCCUUGUCCUAUGGACAGUGACAUUAUGAAUGCGACAUUAUUAAAUGGAACACUAGCACCUUUGGUAAAUGAAAACAUAACAAAUGAUAUGUGCAAGCCAAAAUAUUUCAUCUUCAAUUCACAGACUGUCUAUGCUGUCCCAAUCCUAACAUUUUCUUUUGUCUGCCAUCCUGCAAUUCUUCCUAUUUAUGAAGAACUGAAAAGCCGAAGCCGUAAAAGAAUGAUGAAUGUAUCCUAUGUAUCUUUUUUUGCCAUGUUCCUCAUGUAUUUAUUGGCUGCUCUCUUUGGAUACCUGACAUUUUAUGGAAAAGUCGAACCAGAACUGCUUCAUACCUACUCUGCUUAUCUGGGUGCUGAUGUUCUCCUUCUUAUUGUGCGUCUCGCUGUUCUUAUGGCUGUAACCCUCACUGUACCUGUAGUUAUUUUCCCGAUCCGCAGUUCCAUUACGCAGCUGUUGUGGGCAGGGAAGGAGUUCAAAUGGUGGCGUCAUUGUUCCAUUACAAUUGCUCUUCUGGCAUUUACCAAUGUGCUUGUUAUCUUUGUCCCUACUAUUCGAGACAUCUUUGGAUUCAUUGGUGCUUCUGCAGCUGCCAUGCUGAUCUUUAUACUUCCUUCUGCCUUCUAUAUCAAAUUAGUGAAGAAGGAACCAAUGAAAUCAGUGCAAAAGAUUGGGGCUUCAUUCUUCUUUCUAAGUGGAAUAAUUGUGAUGACUGGGUGUAUGACACUGAUUGUUCUAGACUGGACCCAGAAUGUUACAUCUGAUGGCCAUUAACUGCCCUGGUUUAAUCUCUAGCACUCCACUUCAGAUGCCAGUGUUCACUCAGAUACCUCCUGAGACCGAAAAUGAGCUACUCAGCUUCCUUUGAAAGGCAGAUUCUUUGUUGAUGGUUCUUCUGACUGUAGAAUAUCUGAACUCUGUCUUUAAGAAACUAUUCUGCAUGAUGGAAGUGGAUAUUAACAUCAAACUUUGUGAGUGUCUGGCUGACAGAAGUGACAACUUUAUUCCAUUCCAGAGAAUGGACAGAACUCUCUGUAGACUUUUAUCAAGCCAUGUUUGGCUUUCGUCAUUGUUACUUGGAUAUUUUGUUAUUUUACUUGAAUGUGCCUAAUGGAACCAUUUGAUGUGAGAAAGAACUCUUUAAUUUAAAGCAAAGUGUUUAAAUAACCAAUGAGAGAGAGAGAGAGAGAGAGAGAGAGAAACACUUAUUUUUUGUACCAAAAAUUCUUAUGGACCUCAAAAGCACUAUUUUGACUGUAAGAAACACUUUUCUAAAAAGAAGGAAAGAAUAACAUAGAAAAGCUCAUUAAGAAUAUUUAAUCAGUGUCCUAAAUUAAAUUAUUAAAUAUAGUUUGACUUUCUCGAUCUCUUCACUCUCAUGACCAAUGACAGGACUCGAGGAUACAGCAUGAAGCUGAGUCAGGGGAAGUUUAGAUUGGAUAUCGGGAAAAGGUUUUUCACCUAGAAGGUGGUUGAGCACUGGAACAGGCUCCCCAGGGAAGUGGUCAGAGCACCCAGCCUGACAGAGUUCAAGAAGCAUUUGGACAAUGCUAUUGGACACAUGGUGUGAUUCUUGGGCUGUCUUGUGCAGGGCAAGGAGUUGGACUCAGUGAUCCUGAUGGGUCUCUUGCAAUUCAGUAUAUUUUAUGAUUCUGUAGGGGCAUAAUAAGAAGAAAUUUUGGGUUUAAAAUGCUUCUGACCUGUUUUGACCAAAACAGGUCAAAACUCUCUGAUAAUAAAUGCUUCCCAUGAAAUUUACCUAGUUCAAAUUAGAGUGAAAAUAAUCCUAAAAGUCAUUUGUCAGCUUACUUAAGUAACUACAGUUACCUUAUUACCCAAAAAUGGUGUGGAAACCCUAAUUUGCAAGCUUUAAAAACCCCCACCUUUUAGAAAUGGGUACAUUUGAGAAAAGCUUAGGUAAUCUAAAAAUUGUAAAGAUGGCAUUGGCGUUUCCCUUCUUGAGGUACUCAGUAGUGCAAUUGAGUAAAACAGGGUUUGGGAUUUUUGCUUUUUUUGUUGGUGUUUUUUUUUUUUCCUAUUGUAGAUAUAAACUGAAUGGCACUGGAGCAUAGGAUGCCAUUAAUACAAAACUCCCUCCUCAAAUUCCCUCGAUUAAUAAGGUCCAUUUUCAGUUGUAGCAAUGUAAUGUCCGUUAGGGUUUUUUCUGUCCAAUAUAUCUUGAAACACUGUAGGAAAACAAAAAGGUCCUAAAUUAGUCUACUACUUGUAUAAUAUUCAAAAACUGUACAGUAUUUCUCAAAUUCCUCAUCCAUUAUUGGAUUUUGAAUUACUUGACUAUUCUGUUUCUGAGUCAAAUCCACAAAAUAACUGCACCAAUAUUUCAUGCUUGGUACAAACUCUCUUCACACACAUAACUGGGAUUCCUCUUCCAAUUUAUACUGUAUAGUAGUAUUAAAGAUAACCUCAUAGGCUGGAUAGUCAUCUCAUACUUGUUUGCUUCAGAGGUAGAUAGGUUUCUUAUGAGCCUUAGCUGACGAAACAGGUGCUGUAUGGUUGUGAUGAGCUAUUUUGUUUCUAGUGCAUGUUUACUCUUUCAUUCUUAUCCCAGGUUGAAGAGAGAUAACACUUGUAUAACAGCAUACUUGGCUUAUAAGAGGUUCUCAAACACAGCAAUAUUGGGUACAAAAGCCUAGAGAGAGAUUAUUAAUGAAAUAAUCAUGGCAAUGUGGUCAACUAUCUUCAUCUGACACAAUGUUUUAAAAAAUUAUUUACAAAGGUCUGCUCAGUCUUUGUGUCAGAGGGAAUAACUAAGGGCCUGUAAUCCAUUGAUUAAACAGUGCCUGAGACUUUUUUGCUCUUAUAGAAUUAAUUAAACAAACCUAAACAAUAGUGUUUGGCAAAUAAUGUCAAUCUCUGCCCAGCCAUUUAAAAUCUAUGAAAAACAACUGCAGGUAUUUUGUAUUGAUACUUCUGCAUGACUGUAAGUACUGGUCACUUAAGUCUAUAGUGUAAAACUGUAAUGAGAAGUUAGAUUUCUCAUGUGUUAUUUGUAUUAUUAGUUCGGUGGUACUCAACUGGCAAUUAACAAUCCUGGAGUCAGCACUGACUAACACUCCUUAGGUACUUCUCUGCCUCAGGUACUGUACAUCCAUGGCUAACUAUCCCGUGUUACCUGAUCUCCACAGAAGUGCUGAGCACAUGCCUCCUCAGUACUUUGGCAGCUUUUCUUCUUCCUCCACAAAUGUGCAAAGGUGGGAGAGGAUUAAAAUGUUGUCUGCCUUUGAGCAAUUUGUAGCACAUAAGGGAUGAAGUGUUUCCCUUGCUAGCAUUCAAAAAGGAGGAGAGAGAGUGAGAAAUAGCCUCCUUUCUCACAGUAACCAUAGAAAAGGAAGGAGUUGUAAAUGAGAAGCUACUACAAAGUCCUUCUCAACAACCAGAAAGGAGGAAGAUUUUUGUGAUGACACCUCAUAAGGUAUUGUACAUGUCAUUAAUUUUCUGAAUGUAGCAAUUUCCAGAUUAUACAUUGUGUGUCAUAUUAUUUGAUAACUGACUCUCCACCUGCAGCAGUUGAGUUCCACUUGGCUGGGUUGAUUUCCAAUGUAUGAUUUUUUUAAUUAUUAUUUUUUCCAAACCUGUCUGUUUAAAGUUACAUACAUUACAAACCACCUAAAAGAGCAGCUUCAGUAUUAAACCACUGUUUUGUCACCUCAGUUAGACAUUACUGUCUUCCAUGAUAUUUCAGUCAUAAAUGUAACAUGUUAUUUAUAAAACAUUAAUCCAUUAAAACUAAACCUAUUUUUCAAUAUUUAUGAUAGUCUAUGUACAUAAAUUAAAUUGUAUGUGUGUAUAUACUGUAAGUAUAAUGUAUAUAAUGUAGCUUUGGAAUCCAGGAUUUAUGUAUAUAUUCCUCUCUCAUUACUGAUUGUAACAUCAUUUCAAGGAGUUGUUCAUGUUGUACAUCUGUAUAACAACUGUCAAAGGAAAGAGCCUUUUACAACAAAGUAUAAUGCUUACAGAAAUGGAAGAAGUGUGUUACACCAAAGGUGUGUAAUAAAACACUAAGACUGUAUUUACUACAAAUGUAUAUGUUGCAAUAAACACAGGAAUCACUUGGGUCCAUAGAAAGCAUUGUUCAGGUUCGUGUAUACUUUUCCUCUAAGAUUUACCAUGGAUGUUACGAUUUCCUCAAUGCAGCAAGUUAACAACCUUUGCGAUCUAACCUAUUUGUUAGGCUGCCAAAUUCGGGCGUCCUGCGGUACAUCUGUGUACAUAUGUAAAUACCCACCGUAUUGGUAGAGGCCAGCAGUACAGCUGCAGUUGUUGGCUAGACUAUUGGCCAACAGCACAGUUUCAAUGAAACAUUGUAUGUUUGUUUUAACUGAAAUAAAUAAAUAGAUAAUCCUAA